ACAGCAACUGCCAGACUCCGAUGGUCGUAUUUUCAUAGAGCUUUAUCGCGCGGCAUGAAAUCGCGGAUGAAGAGUGUGCCGGUCGGUAUCUGUUUCCGGUAUACCCUCCUAAUUUGGUUUAUACGAGUUUAACAACAUCAGUGCACGGAGAGAUGCGAUGCAAUUCUGCUCAUCUGACACGCUAACGUGCGCAGCUUCUAUAGAGAUGCGAACGCUCACUUUGAAAACCGGGAACUGCUGCUGAUUCCCAUAUUAUUAACGCAUCGACUGACAGUGAAGGCCCGGCAAACUAAAGAACAAUGACGUCCAUGAUAUUGGACGUCGUUCUGCUGCUGAGUAUGUGCGCUAUUGCCGUUUCAGUGAAAACAUACACGGCCGAGGAACGUCUAAUACGCGACCUGUUUAAUGGCUACAACAAAUAUGUGAGACCCGCCAAUCAAACGAGUGAUGUGAUUUACGUAAACUUUGGAAUGGCACUGGUGCAAGUAAUUAAUGUGGACGAGAAAAAUCAAGUCAUGAAGACAAAUGUGUGGGAGCGAUUCUGGUGGCAAGACUAUCAAUUGACGUGGGAUCCGGCGAACUAUGAUGGCAUCACGAUAAUACGAGUUGCACCUGCCAAGGUUUGGCUCCCCGAUAUCGUUCUACUUAACAAUGCGGACGGAGUGUACGAGGUGAGCUUCAGGAGUAACGUCCUCAUCGACAACAACGGCUGGAUCAACUGGGUUCCUCCGGCCAUCUUUAAAAGCUCGUGCACGAUCAACGUCGAGUACUUUCCGUUCGACAAGCAGGUGUGCGAGAUGAAAUUCGGCUCGUGGACGUUCAACAAAGACGAGGUGAAGCUGGGCGACUACAACAAAGAGGUGACGAAGGUCGAUCUCAACGACUACGUGCUGAGCGGCACGUGGGACCUCAGCUCGGCGCCGCGGCGCAUCGACAACAAUGGCAGCGGCGGCUCCGAGUACGCGACGAUGAUCUUUGAGAUCCACUUGAGCCGCAUGACGCUGUUCUACACGGUGAACCUCGUCAUUCCCUGCGUGAUGAUAGCCAUGCUGGCGGCGACCGUCUUCUACCUGCCCGUGGACAGCGGCGAGAAGAUGACGCUGGCUAUCAACCUGCUGCUGGCGCUCGUCGUCUUCCUCCUGCUGGUGUCCAGCGUUCUGCCGCCGACGUCGCUGACGAUUCCGCUCGUGUCAAAGUACCUGUUGUUUACACUGAUACUGAACAUCAUCACCAUCCUAAUGACGGCCAUCAUACAGAACUGGCACUUCCGAGGCCCUACGACGCACAGCAUGCCGAAGUGGGUGAAGACUAUUAUGAUCGACACGCUACCAAAGGUGCUCUGCAUGCGACGGCCGAAAGACAUGCAGCCGCAGUUGAACAUCGACUGCUACGGUUUCGCCAACGUCACGAACAGCUGCUUCGACGAUAUGGAUGGUACGGAGUUGGAACCCCUCGACAUGCAUCACCCCGGAUGCAAGCACGUAGUCAUGCAGUCAGCUAGCGAGCCGGGCAGCAGCGAUGACGACGUUGUCAUGACAGCGGAGGGACUGCGCGCGGCGCUGGCGAUUGAGUUCAUCGCCGAACAUCUGCACCUAGAAGAUACAGUGUCAGAUAUCAAGGAAGACUGGCAAUACGCCGCCAUGGUGCUUGACCGACUACUACUAUUCAUUUUUACAACAGUAACUAUAACUGGAGCUAUCUCUAUUUUAACAAACGCGCCUGGAAUCUUUGACUAGACAAUGGGAAGAGUACUUCUCUUCCCUAUAAUUCUAAUGUUUUAUAUUGUGUUUAUUUUUCCCUCUUUUGUCCCGAUAAUUUACGUAAAUAGGUUUUGGUUCUUAUAUGCGAUUCCUUCGGGUUACACUUUGUCUGACUAGUGUCUUACCGGCUCUUCGCUUUUUCGUGUCCGACGUCUCUCUCUCCACCUAUCUCCCUCUCUCUAUCCAUCUCUGCCCCUCGCCAUCUACCCUCUCUGCCAUUGAAUGUGAUGAACCUUUUUGCUAAUUUGCUAUCUAUAAUGUCACAGACACACAUGCGCGCGCGGGCGCCCAGGGAGAGGGAGCGAGAGAGAGAGAGAGAGAGAGAGAGAGAGAGAGAGAGAAAAAGAUAGAAAUAGAGAGCAAUAGAAAGCGAGAGACGGAGAGAGAGCGAGUUGCACAUGCCAAAGAUAUAGAACUAACAACAAAGUGUAUACAGUCUCGUCAUGAGCGACUCGGCAUGGAAUACUAUACACUCAGACUGAUUUCUAAAUAAAUACGCUUGCCUGUUUAUUAUUUAUUUGUUUUUCUUGUAAAUACCGACGGCAACACCGCGUUGUCGAAAGACUGGUCUCGAUUGACGAGUGCUUGCUGCUAGUUAGCCGCCAGUAAACCUAGGCGGUUUAUAAAUAAUACGUUGUGGAGCUGUUGCUGUGUGUUGACACGCGCGCGGAAAUGCGAGGUCUUCAGUGAUGCAUUCUGGUGAUAGAUCAUGCAUGUAAUGUAAUUUGUACAAUAAACAGUAUAUCAGUUUUGUCC